AGCAUGGCAGGAUGCUUGCUUUUCAUUGUAAUCAGAUAUGUGGCUUGAGGUUGGACGGAGGCACCUAUCUUGAUGGAAAAAAACGAACCUGUCUGACACCAUGAAAAAAGCUGGACUUAUUGGAGUUUUACUAUUACCCCAGGUUAAAUCAUCAUCAGGGUGUCAUCCUCAUGUUAAUCUUGUGAAAGAGGAGGAAAAGUGCAUUAAAGAUCUGCUACUUUUGAAGUCACACAAAGUAACAGAAAACAAUAUCAGUGUACACUGUAAGGGAAUGUGGGAUGACCUUAACUGCUGGCCACCUGCUUCUCUUGGGGAAACUGUCUCUCAACCAUGUCCAGAGUUUUUCAAUUCAGAAGGUAAAGUGCAUCGCAACUGCACUGCCGAUGGCUGGACAGCCCCGCUCGUCCCACAUGAAGAUGCAUGUGGCUACCCUUUCAAUGAUACGUUCCACUUUCUUGGAGAGUCCUCAGAUUCCCAUUUGUAUUUCUCCUACGUGAAGACCAUGUACACAGCUGGAUACACCCUCUCUCUUAUUUCUCUCACCAUUGCCAUCACCAUAUUCUGUCUUUUUAGAAAGCUGCACUGCACCAGGAACUACAUUCACAUCCAGCUGUUUAUCUCCUUUAUCCUGAGAGCUAUCUUCAUCUUCAUCAGAGACACUCUGCUGUUUACUAAUGAGGAGCUCUACCACUGUGAAUACUAUCCGGCAGCAUGUAAGGUUGUGCUGAUGUUUUCCAACUACUCCAUCCUGGCAAACUACAACUGGCUGCUGGUCGAGGGUCACUUCCUCUUCACCCUUGUGAGCCGCUCCUUCUUCUCCCUGAAGAAACACCUCGUCUGGUACAUCGUCUUAAGCUGGGGUUUACCACUGAUUGUCAUUUUCUCCUGGGGGUGUGCCAAGUAUUUUUAUGAAGACGAAGGCUGUUGGGAAACCAGGAAACAUGAAUGGAUUUGGUGGAUACUUCGAGUGCCAGUUCUUCUGACUAUAUCUAUGAAUCUCAUCUUUUUCAUGGGCAUUUUGAGGAUACUGGUGAACAAACUCAGAAUGCCAGAUGCACAGAGGAAUGAAUUCUGCCAGUAUAAGAGGUUGAUCAAGUCCACAUUUUUUCUGGUGGCUCUGUUUGGCCUGCAUUACAUCCUUUUUGUCUUCUUACCUGUUGAAGUCAGCAGCUCAGUGUUUAAGAUAUGGACCUUUGCAGAGCUGGCACUGUCAUCCACACAGGGAUUUGUGGUCACUGUGCUCUACUGCUUCACAAAUGGGGAGGUGCAGCAUGAGUUUCACAGGAGGUGGAGGAGGUGGAGGCUGACUCAGCACCUCCCCAGUCGGCCCAGGCAGCAUCACAGCUCCAUCAGCCACAGCGCGUCUCCUCACACACAGGUCUCCCUGCUGCCCUGCUCUCUAGGCAGCCUGCCAACCAGUGGACUCCCUGUAGAUACUGUGGAUACUGGCUCAUAUUCUCCCUUUCCUUGUCAAUAUGUAAUGGAUUCUAGCUUAGCGCUGACAACAAAUUAGUCCACAACUGCAGCUUGAGUGUUUAAUACAGCGGAAUGCAUAUUUUUCAGA